AAACUGGACAGAAUCAACGGCCGCGAUUUAAUAUAAAACAAAAAAUUCAUUGUUAUUCGCGCUCUGCAUUUCUUUCUCUCUCGCUCCGAGUCUCCUACUCAGAUAGAGAGGGAAGCCGCCGCAGCCAGCCAGCCAUGUGUGGAAUACUCGCUGUCUUUGGUUGCACCGAAAAUUCUCAGGCCAAACGCUCCCGGAUCAUCGAAUUGUCUAGGAGGUUGCGCCAUAGAGGUCCUGAUUGGAGCGGUCUGCACUGUCAUGGCGAUUGUUAUCUUGCUCAUCAACGAUUGGCUAUUGUAGACCCAACUUCAGGAGAUCAACCACUUUACAACGAAGACAAGACAGUAAUUGUCACGGUUAAUGGUGAGAUAUACAACCACAAACAAUUAAGAGAAAAGUUGAAGUCUCAUCAGUUUCGAACUGGAAGCGACUGUGAAGUGAUUGCCCAUCUUUAUGAAGAGUAUGGGGAAAAUUUUGUGGACAUGUUGGAUGGCAUGUUCUCCUUUGUCCUUCUUGACACUCGAGACAAAAGUUUUAUUGCAGCACGUGAUGCGAUUGGAAUUACACUUUACAUCGGUUGGGGUUUUGAUGGGUCAGUAUGGUUUGCAUCAGAAAUGAAGGCUUUGAGCGAUGAUUGUGAAAGAUUCAUGUCUUUUCUUCCUGGUCAUAUAUAUUCUAGCAAACAGGGAGGCCUUAAAAGAUGGUAUAACCCACCAUGGUAUUUGGAGAACGUACCCUCAACUCCAUAUGAUCCCAUACUUCUACGUGAGGCCUUUGAGAAGGCUGUGACAAAGAGACUCAUGACUGAUGUGCCAUUUGGUGUACUUUUAUCUGGAGGACUGGACUCCUCUCUUGUUGCUUCUGUGGCUAGCCGCCAUAUGGCAGAAUCAGAAGCUGCUUGUCAGUGGGGAUCACAGCUACACACAUUUUGCAUUGGUUUGAAGGGUUCUCCAGACCUGAAAGCUGCCAGAGAGGUGGCAGAUUAUCUUGGAACUCGUCAUCAUGAAUUUCACUUCACUGUUCAGGAAGGCAUAGACGCACUUGAGGAAGUCAUUUACCAUAUUGAGACAUAUGAUGUGACCACUGUCAGAGCCAGUACACCAAUGUUUCUUAUGUCUCGGAAAAUUAAGUCUUUGGGAGUGAAAAUGGUUCUUUCUGGAGAAGGAUCAGAUGAGAUUUUUGGUGGUUACUUGUACUUCCACAAGGCACCUAACAAGGAGGAGUUUCACCAAGAAACAUGUCAAAAGAUUAAAGCUCUUCAUCUCUAUGACUGCCUGAGGGCCAAUAAAUCAACUUCAGCUUGGGGUGUUGAAGCUCGAGUACCCUUUUUAGAUAAAGAAUUCAUCAACAUUGCUAUGAGCAUUGAUCCUGAGUGGAAAAUGGUUAGACCUGAUCUUGGGAGAAUUGAGAAGUGGAUCCUACGCAAUGCAUUUGAUGAUGAACAGAACCCACAUUUGCCAAAGCACAUAUUGUACAGGCAGAAGGAACAGUUUAGUGAUGGUGUUGGGUACAGUUGGAUUGACGGCUUGAAGGAUCAUGCAAACAAGCAAGUAACAGAUGUAAUGUUGAUGCAUGCAAGCUUUAUUUACCCUGAAAACACUCCUGUGACAAAGGAAGCAUACUACUAUCGAGCUAUAUUUGAGAAGUUCUUUCCUAAGAAUGCUGCUAGGUCAACAGUUCCUGGGGGUCCAAGUGUAGCAUGCAGUACUGCAAAAGCUGUGGAAUGGGAUGCCUCAUGGUCAAAACAUCCUGAUCCAUCUGGUCGUGCAGCACUUGGUGUUCAUGCAGCCGCAUAUGAGGAAGAAGUGGAUGUCAAGAAUGCCAAUCUGAUAAAUGGCUCCCCUCAAAAACUUGAAGGGUUUGUGGACAAAGCUACAACAGUUGUUUGAUUGAGGACAUACACGACCGCUGGAUGCAAUUUUUUUCUUGAUGGGAUAGGUACCCGAUUUCUUGGUUGCUCUUCUAUUCAUAGAAAUAUACACAAAAUCUACCUGGCUUUUUUCCCCGGUUAAGAACUAGGUUAUUUAUGCAGUUUAUUGUACCAAUGGAGCGUUUUGCAUUAAGAUUAUUUAGUUAAUGACA